UGCAUUUUGUUGUGGGGAUCGCUACGUAGGCCCACCAUGUUGGUGUGGGUCCUUGCUUUUGGUGUUCUCAACUGUGAAACGUUUGUCCGUGGAGCUCCUGAAGAUUACGUUUACGUCUAUGGAUUUGCCACCUGGCAGCAAGCCAGUGAAUCAUGCGCACAUUUUGGGAUGAACUUGCUUUCUAUUGCGAACGAAACAAUAUUUACAGAGGCAAAAAAAUACCUAGCUGGAACUCAUGGGCCGGGGGGUGUAGCCAGCGGAUUAUGGAUAGGUCUACGCUUUGUUGGGAGUGGCACACCAGACUUGAGUAAGUUCCAGUGGGAGGAUGGCUCUUCUCCAACGUGGUCAAGCUGGACAGCCGGUUCCCCGCCCAGCUCUAUAGCCUCAAGUAUGUCGUGUGGGGCUAUAGUGACCACUACAUCCGCCAUGAACUACGAGUGGGAAAUGGACCGCUGCAGCAAGAGGAGACCAUUUGUAUGCCAAGGUACAACAACCAAGCCAGUCACCCCAAGCACGACCAUGCUCCUCCACAUUGAACCAUUCUAUAAGAAUGCCGAGAAGGGUCCUCACGGGGAGACUCUGUUUUCACGAGGCACUAUCACAGCCUGGCCCUACAUGAGCAACCAUCUGGAGUUCCUGGAGGACUGUCUUGUGACAUGCGCAGAGGAGGCUCAGUGUAUAUCAGCUGUAUUCACCGACUCCAAAACACCUCACUGUAUCCGCCAACAAGCAUCCCCCAUAGUGUAACAACGCACAGGAACAUACGGCUUACAUACAUCACCUUUCGACAGGAGAUACUUUUAAAACAUAACAAAUGCUAGCAAACCUGUUUUUUUAGCCUGAGAAAUGCGGUCAUUUUAUUCUUUUGCAAGAGAAGUUAGUUGCGUUUAACGCCGCGUUUGAACACCUUUCCUGUUAUACCACGGCGUGUCAGCUAAGUGCGGGAGGAAAGCAGAUCUCAGGCGUUUCCCACUUUGGCGAAACACUAGAAACAUAUUCGACGUGAACCAGGAUUCGAACCCACGAUCAUAUGUUUCUAGUGUGCCCAAGGGAUACAACUCUGUACAUCUAAUUGCGGCGCAAGAUAACUGGGCUACUCCCAGUAACACCUUUGCAAGGAGACAUGUCAAAUGCACAUCUGUAUGUUAGUGGUAUUCUACCAAAAUGCAACAAUCGACAUUCAUCCUUGACUUUAGACAAAGAUAAUUAAGUUAAUGUAAAUCAUCCAAAGGUUUUGUAUCAUGAAUAAAGCCGAUGUUGAAACA